AUGAGUACCUUUGAGCCAGGAAAGGAGUACGAUGUUAUUCUUGCUGGGGGUGGGACAGCAGCAUGUAUUAUCGCCGGUCGUUUGGCGGAAGCGGAUCCGAAUUUGUCAGUCUUGGUGGUUGAGCAAGGCCCGAAUAACUUGAACAAUCCAACAAUUGUCACGCCAGCCAUUUACCCGUCGCACCUGCAGCCAGGCUCCAAGACGGCACUGUUCUACAAGUCCAACAAGGAGGAGGCGCUGAAUGGUCGAGAGGCGAUUGUCCCGGCUGGUGGUAUUCUCGGUGGCGGCUCAUCCAUCAACUUUAUGAUGUAUACUAGAGCUCAGGGAUGCGACUAUGAUUCCUGGAAAACUGAGGGCUGGGAUUCAAAGACUUUGCUGCAGUUUGCCAGGAAGCUCGAGACGUACCACAAUGACACACCGGGUGUGAACAAGGACCUUCACGGCUAUAAUGGCCCUAUCAAUGUCUCAACCGGUACCUAUGGAUGCGCAAGCACCCAGGACGAUAUCAUAGAAGGCGCCAAGGCCACCGGCGAGAAAGAGAUUGUCGAUUUGCAAGACUUCAAGUCUUCCAAUGGCAUCUCCCGAUGGUUGCGGUAUAUCUGCCCCCGUGGUACCCGUCAAGAUACGGCGCAUAGAUAUGUCCACCCACUCAUGGCAUCUGGUAAAGCUCCCAAUCUGCACCUCCUGGUUGACAGCACCGUAACUCGUGUCAUUUUCGAGGGAAAGCGCGCCGUUGGUAUCGAGUACCGAGCCACGGCCCCUAUCACAGGCGAGGAGAGUAAGACCUCUACUGUCAAGGCUAAGCUGGUGGUCGUAUCGGCCGGUGCCCUGGGAACACCCCAGAUUCUGGAGCGAUCGGGUGUGGGCAGCGCUGAAGUCCUGAACAAGCUGGAUAUCCCGGUCGUGUCGGACUUGCCUGGCGUCGGCGAGGAGUACCAAGAUCACCAUCUCAUCGGAUAUCCCUACAAGACGAGCCUGCCGCCUGAUCAGACUCUCGAUGCACUCCUUGGCGGCCGCCUAGACUUCGCAGAUGCCCUGAAGGAAAAGAAUCCCCUCAUGGGUUGGAACGGCAUCGACUUGGCAGCCAAGAUACGUCCCACCGAGGAAGAAGUUGCGCAGCUUGGGCCCGAAUUCAAGGAGCUCUGGGACCGUGACUUCAAAAACCAGACAGACCGACCGCUGAUGCUCCUUGCAGUGGUAAACUUCUCUCUCACUGACCCUGCGACCAUCAUCAAAGAAGUCGGAGGACCAUGCCAAUGCAUCACAAUGGGUUGCUAUACUGCGUAUCCGUACUCCCGUGGUGACAUUCACAUCACGUCCAAAGACCCAAUGGCACCCCCUUCAUUCAAUACAGGAUUCCUAUCCCACCCCGCCGAUGUGAAAAAGCUCCUAUGGGCGUACAAGAAGCAGCGUGAGAUCUUCCGCCGCACAAACUGCUACGACGGCGAGAUUACCGUUGGCCAUCCCAAGUUUCGGGAGGGCAGCAAAGCCGCUCUUUCGGACAAGCGCGCUGCUGACGGACGGUUCACAUCACUGGAAGACAGACGUAGGCUGAAUCCAAUUGAGUAUGAUGCGGAGGAUGAUGCUGCAAUCGAGGACUGGAUCCGAGAAAACAUGAACACGACGUGGCAUUCUUUGGGAACAUGCAAGAUGGCGCCUAGGGAAAAUAAGGGCGUGGUGGAUAAGGACUUGAAUGUUUAUGGAACUGAGGGGCUCAAACUGGCCGAUCUGUCUAUUUGCCCUGAGAAUGUGGGUGCAAACACGAACAAUACGGCGCUGAUUGUUGGCGAGAAGGCUGCUUGGAUUAUUGGUAAGGAACUGGGACUCUCGAUUUCUGCGUAA